GUGGAUCAAGGUUCUUCAUGGAUGUGUGACACAAAUGACAUUUGACAAAUGAACAUUGAACACGUCAAAAUUAUUUUUUUGUGUUACGAAGAUACUAAACGAUGUUUUGAAAAUGUAUUUAUUGACAAUUACGCGAUUUUGGAGUGCAUAGAAAUUACUGACGAUAUUUCAUAUGAAAAUUUUAGUGUUUUAUGCUGUUGAAUUAUCAUCAAAAUGAAGUCUUUACUUGCAACUGUGAUCAGUCUGGCUCUCACGACCGUGGUUAUCGGCAAUGCCUACUACCAAAAGAAACAGUUUUAUCCAUCAAUAGUUUACCUGACGAAUUCCAAUCCUAGUAUGGCUGUAAUGUAUCUGCAGGCAUUCAUAUUAGUUUUACUGGCAGGUAAACUGUUAAGAAAAAUAUUCUUUGGCCAGCUACGUCCUGCGGAAUUUGAGCACCUAAUUGAAAGAUCAUGGUAUGCUAUAACGGAAACAUGCUUAGCGUUCACAGUGUUCAGAGAUGAUUUCAAUCCUAAAUUUAUUGCUCUGUUCACACUGUUGUUAUUCCUCAAGGCUUUCCAUUGGCUCGCUGAAGAUAGAGUGGACUAUAUGGAACGAAGUCCGGUUAUUGGUUGGCUGUUCCAUUUGAGGAUUCUCACAUUACUGAUGUUGUUAGCUCAUGCCGACUUGUACUUUAUACACCAUGCAUACCAGUUUACAAUGUCGAAGGGGCCCUCGGUACAGCUGGUCUUUGGUUUUGAAUACAGCAUAUUAGUCAUUAUGAUUGCCAAUAUAUUGAUAAAGUAUAUUUUGCACGCAAUUGAUUCUCGCUGGGACGCUCCAUGGGAGAGCAAAGCCGCUGUGUUGCUGUACACUGAACUUGCCAUUAACUUCCUCAAAGUUCUGCUGUAUAUUGGAUUUGUGGCAGUCAUGGUUAGAAUAUACACUCUGCCAUUGUUUGCCUUCAGACCUAUGUAUGAAACUAUGAGGAGUUUCAAGAAAGCCUAUAACGAUGUGGUGUUGUCUCGUCGCGCCAUCCGCAACAUGAAUACGCUGUAUCCGGACGCGACGCAGGCGGAGCUCGCCGCAGCCGACAACGAGUGCAUUAUAUGCCGCGAGGAGAUGCAUACGGGUGCAAAGAAGCUGCCGUGCAACCACAUAUUCCAUGCGGCAUGCUUGCGGCUGUGGUUCCAGCGGCAGCAGACGUGCCCGACGUGCCGGCUGAACGUGCUGCGUGCGCCGGCGCCAGACGCGGCGGGUGGCGCGGCGGGUGGCGCGGCGGGUGGCGCGGCGGCGGGUCCGGGCGGGGUGCCGGGCGCUGCGCCUGCGCCGCACGCUGCGCCGCGCGCGCCCCACGCCGCACCACCUGCGCAUCCCGCGCACCCGCCGCCCAAUAUGCCCGGCGCCGCUGUGCCGCCGCCCUUCCCCAACAUGCCACCACCACCACCCAUGAUGGCGUGGGGCGUGCCUCCGCCUCCGCCGCCCCGACCUGCCAAUCUUGCGAACCUCACCACCGCCGAGCUGCAGCGCAUGGAAGGCAACGAGCGCAGGAAUAUCGAAGCUCGCUUGCAGUUGUUGCGUGAAAUACAAGCCAUGCUGGAUGCGUCCGUUCUCCUGAUGCAGCAGUAUUCAACGGUUGUCACUAAUUUGCCACAAAACAGUGCUACCGUCGCCACUCAGACUGAAGUUCAAGCCGAAUCUACCCCGGAGGUGCCCGUGAUGGCCGAGCCUGAUGUGGUACCUUCCACGUCGACCUACAAGCCGCCCUCGCCCAUCCCAUCUACUAGCAAGGGUCUACCAGAAAUGGAGGCUAGCACUUCGCAAUCUGAUCACGACAUUGUUGGAGACUCUAGCAGGUAUUACCAUGAUGAAAAUAUUUACAGAGACAAGACUGAUACUGAUGCUGAAGAGUUAAGAAGACGACGAUUGCAAAAGUUCACACUGGAGAAAUGAGCUUAGUAAUUAUGUAACAUUUUUCGUUCCAUUUUCCUAACUUACUACUAUUUAAUGUACAAAGUGUCUCGGUAUGUGUAAGCAUUGUGUAUUCUAAUUGGAAAUAAAUGUAUUUAUGUCUUUUGUAAAUAUAAUAAGAUAUACACAUAAA